AUGUCACCAGUGACGACGCCGUUCGUUUCGCUCGCAAAGAUGCGAUCGGGUGGCGCCAAGUUGUGUGUCCGGCCGGACCACAGAGCCUCUGCGAGCUACGGGUCCUUGUCGCCGUCCAACGUGCAAGUUGGGCGCUGGACCAAGCGGGAACACGACAUGUUCCUCGAAGGUCUCGAGCGCUUUGGUCGGUCGUGGAAAAAGAUCGCGAGUCUUGUGCACACGCGGACACUCGUGCAGAUACGCACUCACGCACAAAAGUAUCUCCAGAAACAGUCCCGCGCUCGCUCGAAGGCCACUGUUAACGACGUAGGCGCUGGUGCUUCGUCUUCUUCGUUCACGAUAAAGUCUCAGCUACCUCUGACCUCGACAUCAACAAAGGAUCGAAACCCGACGCCAUCACUCGACUCGGCCUUCCAGUUCAAGAACGCACACGGACUGGACCAGCUCUCGCAGGAGGAAACAGUCACCAUCCCAGCGUUCGUCGACGAGUACUACACAAGUCCCACUGCCACCGAAGAUGAGCUGCUGAGAUCGUUACCUACUUGCGAAGAGUGGGUGUCUCGGUAUUUGCAAUGCACGGCAUCCGUCAGCGGUUCCGAACCAUGUCACCCUUUGGAUAUCUAUGCACCUGCGGGCUCGGGAACAUACCCUACUUCGACAGCUCUGGCUACAUCAACGUGGCGUCCUGUAGUAUAUACCAUCCCGUUCGAGUCGCUAGCAGUUCCGAAUAGCACGUUCGCCUCCUCGGUAUAA